AAUAAUGCUCUUUGAAAAAUAGCCUAUAGCCUAAAAUAAACAGCUACAGUAGAGUACUUUAUAGAUUGCCGGAAACAAAUGUUAUUGGUAUCAUGAUGUCAUUAGAACGCGCCAUUUGCACUAAGCGGAAUUUGUUUUGAUGGAGCUGGAGAGCACGUACGGGAAAUUUGUAAACAACAAGGAAUUUGGCCACAGAUGAAAGACAGUAGCUUAACAAUAAGGUAAGCGAUGGACGACAUCAACCUCCAUUACCGUUUUCUGAACUGGAGACGGAGGAUCCGGGAGAUUCGCGAGGUAGGGGCUGUGCGGUACCGUGAGCGGUUCAAGAGGAUGCUGAGAGACGGAGACGUGCUAAGUUACCAAGGGAACUCGGAUGAGGUUGGCUGCUACGUGGCUCCAAGGCCGUUAUCCAAAGGAAACUGCUACUUUGAGGUGACCAUCGUUGACACAGGAGUGAGGGGGAUGAUUGCUGUUGGCCUGGUGCCUCAAUACUACAAGCUGGACCAUCAGCCUGGCUGGCUCCCGCACUCAGUGGCCUACCACGCUGAUGAUGGCAAGCUGUACAAUGGGAACACUGUUGGACAGCAAUUUGGGCCCAAAUGUAACCGUGGCGAUCGUAUCGGCUGUGGGAUCUACCUAGAGUCGUUGGAGGAUGGACGAACAACAGUCCUCUUCACCAAGAACGGAAAAGAAGUGGGCACGGUCGUGGUCCCAGGGUCUCCAGAGGCACUCUACCCUGCUGUGGGGAUGCACUCCUUGGGGGAGGAGGUGCAGCUGGAUCUGCAGGCUGAGUGGGGGAUGGAGGAGGACGGACUAAUGAUGGUUGACAGCCACGAGGACGAGUGGGGGCGUCUCCAUGACGUCAGGGUCACCGGGACGUUGCUGGAGUACGUGGGUAAAGGGAAGAGCAUUGUGGAUGUGGGUUUGGCCCAAUCCCGUCUACCACUCAACACACGCUGCCACUACUACGAACUGGAGAUCACCGACGCAGGAGAGAAGUGCUACAUCGCCCUGGGACUAGCACGCAGGAAUUAUCCCAAAAACAGACACCCUGGCUGGAGCAGGGGUUCCAUAGCCUAUCAUGCAGAUGAUGGGAAGCUUUUCCAGGGUAGUGGGGUGGGAGACGCCUUUGGUCCUCGCUGUUUUGAGGGGGACGUCAUGGGCUGUGGCAUUAUGUUCCCGCGGGACUACAUCCUGGACAGUGGAGAUGACAGUGACGACGGGGACUUGGAGGUCUGGCCCAAGCAGCGGCGUGUCCAGAACGAACUCUACAUGAACGAUGAAGACGAGGAGGAGGAUGGGGAAGAGCAGGAGGGGAGUAAAGUCAUGGUGUUCUUCACUAGGAAUGGGAAGGUGGUGGGCCGUAGGGAGGUGGCAGUGCCAGCAGGAGGGUUCUACCCUACCAUCGGCAUGAUGAGCACCGGGGAGAAAAUCAGGGUUGACCUGCACCCCCUCAGCGGCUGAGAGAGGGUAGCGACAUGAUGAUGAUAGACCAAUCCCAAGUCUGCUGUAGGGGAGUGUUUGGAGUUAUCACUCUAGUGCAGUAUCCCUUCACAUCACUCCUGGAUCCAGCAUGUUGCCUGGGAUGUCCUACCACGGUUUAGUUUACUCUGGUUGACUCCUAACAUAAAAUUAAACUCAUGCUACUAUAUGGUAGGAAGAUGGAUAAUAUAAUACUGCAUGGGUGCCUCAAGAAAGUGCUUACUGUUAUCAUGGCAAUAGAAAAUACUAUAAACGGUUCAAAGGGAGAUCAUUGGACCAAUCCCAAGUCUUUAAGCAGCAAUCAGUCAAAUCUUAUUAUCUUAACUCUAUUUUGAGAUUAUUAGAGGAAUUCAUUCAAAAUGCUGUAACAUAAAAUCCGCAGCCAAGAAAUGCAACUCUCAGGUAUGCCAAAAUCCAAAUGACUGUAACGCUGUGUUGUGUUUAUUUUUUCUAAGACUCAUGAUGCCAUAUCCUUUUGUCAAAAGCACUUUAUUCUAGAUAUAGGGGAUUAUGAUGCACUACUUUUUGUUUAGCAUUUCUCUGUUCUUUCGCUUUUGGGUUAUUUUAUUGACUAAUGAAUGACAGGUUAAAUGAAAUACUUGAUCAACAACAUUUUGUAUUUGUUUUGAUUCAUCAUCUGUAAUAAGAGAACUGUACUCAAGAAAGCAAUAUGCUAAAUGAUUGCAUUUUAUGGUUUCAAAAGGGAAGACCAUGCACUGUUCUCACAACUGUUCCUUACAGAGUACCAUUUCAUUUCAUAUUAAUCACCAAUUAGGUUCAUUUAAUCUUACAGAUCAUAGGUAUGAAUGUGUCACCUAUAAAUUGUGCAAUUGAAUACAAUGUUUAAAUACCUAACUAAAGAUGAGAAUCUAUUUCUAUACAACGGC